UGCACAACUUCCAGCUCAUCGCUACGCUCGGUGACUAUUAACAAGCUGGAAGGCGCUCAGGCAAAAAAAUAGGGGAGAAGGGAACACCCUCGAAUUCUUUGGGGAUCGCUGAUGUUAUGCCGCUGGGAUCAUGGCUCCUUUUGGAAGGAAUUUAUUAAAAACCCGGCAUAAAAACAGAUCUCCCAGCAAGGACAUGGCAUCAAAUGAAAGAGAGAUUGUGGUUUGGGUUUGCCAGGAGGAGAAGAUUGUAUGUGGCCUGACAAAGCGCACAACUUGCUCGGAGGUGAUUCAAGCACUGCUUGAGGAACAUCAGACAACAUUUGGGGAGAAAAAGGUCCUUUUUGGAAAACCUAGUGAUUACUGCAUUGUAGAAAAAUGGAGAGGCUCGGAGCGAGUACUGCCUCCCUUGACAAAGAUUCUGAGACUCUGGAAGGCCUGGGGGGAAGAGCAGGCUAAUUUGCAUUUUGUAUUGGUGAAGUCAGAUGCUUUCCUCUCAUUUCCAUUGUGGAAGACAGCUGAAGCCAAGGUAGUACAAAAUGUAGAAAAGCAGUGGGACCUCAGUCCAGCAAACUACAUGAAGAUGUUGCCAAUAGACAAGCAAAAGAAAAUUGUGAGGAAGACUUUCCGGAAACUGGCCAAGCUUAAGCAGGACAGUGUUCAGCAAGAGAGAGAUAAUAUGGAGACACUGAUUCAUCUGAUCAUUUCUCAAGAUCAUACCAUUCAUCAGCAAGUCCUUAGAAUGAAGGAACUAGACAUGGAAAUUGAAAAAUGUGAAGCAAAAUUCCAUCUAGAUCGUGUGGCAAAUGAUGGAGAAAAUUAUGUGCAGGACUCGUAUUUAAUGAUCAAUACAAGUGAGACUGAGCAGCAGGGGAGUAGGCCAGAUGAUCAAAAAGAGAUGCAUGACUAUUUGAGCAAAAGUGAGGGAAUUUUACAGGUUGAAGAGAGACUGAAACACCACAAACAAUUAAUAGAGAACCUGUGUGCUGAAAUUGAAAGAGAAGUACAUGGUAUAUGCAUGGAAAAAAACGGAGAGUCUGUUCGCACGGAAGAAGCAGCUAAUGCUGAACUGGAAAGCUCAGAUUUGGAAAGUGUAAAAUACGAGCUGGAAAAAAGUAUGAAAGAUGGUCUGAGAAUCAACUCAUACCUGAGCUGCAUUCAGAAAGAACUUACAUACAGGGACUCACUGCUUCAAAAGAAGGAAAAAGAAUAUGAACUUCUUACAGAAGAAUUUAAUUUACUACAUGUUAAGGACAACAUUGAAACUAGGCUUCAAUCAAAUGAAGAGCCAUCCAAGGGCAGUGGCGUCUCCAGUAACAGCAUUGCUGUUCCUGACUUUGUUCAUAGACUGACUAAUCUGGACAUAAAUGAUACAGACUCUGACACUGGAAUCAGCUCUACACACAGUCAGGACUCUGAAAUAACUGCAGGGGAAAUGGUGCUGUUGUCAACAUAGUUGAAAGCAGUUACGCAUUUUUUAAAAUUUUAUUUUGGAGGAUAUUUAUAAGAAUUAGUAAACCUGUUGUCUUGAAAGUUAAGCUCUUCAAGGUAUUAAAGCUGUGGCACUGCUUUAGCAAAGUAAAGGGUGUCUAUUUAUGUCCUUAAUAGUGUACUUGUGCUAGAAUGCUAUGUGCUAGAAUGGGUUAACUGGUAAAAGGUGCAAAGUUGUUGACUUUGCUACAUCAAGACAGACUGUUUCGACUUUGUAAUGUUGAUACUUGGUGAAAUGGGAGCAUUCUGACUUUCUUGGACCAAAAGUUUGGAAAUUUCGUAUUCUUUGGUCUUUGGGUCUGUUCCUCGCAUCUCCCUAACUUUUUAGGAACGUAAAGUAGAGACUAGAGAAAACUAGACCAAGAGCUUGAUUUUCUGCUCUGUUACAUUAGCUUUAUACAGAUGGAGUUCCUUGCUAUGAAGUUGCUGUAAAAGAUUUUAUAAUUGAGCAUUUAAUCUGUUAAAAAAUAGUUUUUAUGAUAAUGUAGAACAGAAGAAAUAUAUUUGCAUUUAUGCUGUAUUUUUAAAUUUAGUUUAUAUAUAAUAUCAGGAUGAUAUUUUUAAAAACUCCUAAGUCCCAUUUUAAAAAUUACCUUCCACAUAUGGGUUUUUAAUUUUGAUUCUCUUUCAGCAGCUUUUAUCUGCUUUUAAGAGUCUUAAACCCCCCACUUAUCUCUUGUUACCCUGUAGUUGCCCCAGUGAUGUUUAAGUCCACAGAGUUCCUGCCAGCAGGCAUGUCAGGACUGCUUAUGUCCUGCUUAUGCGAGACGCUGAAAUCCCAGGCUCACACCUAACCCUAGGGGCAUUUUCAGCAAGGCUUUCUCCUGCCUAUCUCACCGGUUGGAUCCAGUGUCUUAAGCCUCCUGAAAUCAUGACUACCAAAAAAAGCAUAGCAGAAGCAACAGGUAGGAGCCAGACAUUUUAGUCUCUGGCUAGACAUUGUUUCCCAAUAGCUAGCUAGCAACUAUUUUCAUAUAGCAAGUAGGUUUUCAAAUCCCAUCUUGUGCUGUUUUGGUGCAGGAGCCUGUAAAUCCUGCUUCCUCAGUGGGGACUUUGGGAUACAACUAAAACUGAUCCCCUUUAUAUAGUUAAUAAAAUAUUGGGCUCCAGGUAAAAUAAAAAAAAAAGGAAUGCAAAACAUGAGAAUUUUAAAUCUAUGUGGUUAAAUCAAUUUUUUUCCUUUAAGAUAUAGUAGUUUAUCUCAAACCCUUCUCCAGCAUAUUGCUGUAAGUCCAAAACAAAGCUGUAGAAUUUUAUUGUCUCAGUUACCAAAUAAGAUUUCUAACUCUCUGCUAGAGGCUAUGCUAAUGGAGACCACGUGCAUAAUUUCUGGGUUGUCAUGUUCAUAUUUUGCAGAUCAAUCUGUUUAAUACUUUCGGUUAAAAGAAUUGAAUGGAGAAAUAAUUACAAUAUUUCUGAAUAAAGUUCAGUUCUGCAAAAUUCAAAGCAAUCAUGGAAUUGACAGCCUGCAAAGUAAGAAAAUGGACAGUACCUAGAAGGUGUAAAUGUAAAAUUCUUUCAGAUACACUGCUUUCUUUUUCUUUAAUUUUCUUCUCCUGUCUGUCAACCAUGUGUUUUCUAAAAUGGCCAAAGUGCUAGGACUGCUGAUGAGCACAUAUUUAAUGCAGAGGAAAAAAAAAAAAGAGAAAA